CUGUCAACACGCAUGCGUGCGGGUUGUUAGGAACGCGCAUGCGCACAGUGUUAGUUAGUGGUAGCAUCGCCCCGACAGGCUGCUCUCUCGGUAGGAUUCCAGGGUACGAUCUCUCUAUUCACGUUCGUUCUGUUAGGACAGGGGCAGACGAGAGGUAUGUGUGCCCACCACAGGUAUCAGUAUACAGGGUCUGACUCUCAGUGUAGAUGUGUCUGUGGGAACCCGGUAGAUACUGAGGAAGUGUUUAGUCACAGGGCUUCGCUUGGAAAUUGGGGAACUGAGAGGAAAGAGAGCACCCCAUACGUUACACCACAUUGCUGGAAAUCGCUAGACAGUUAACCAUUUAAUCACCCAGACAGUUUUCAGAAAUCAGCAUUUUGUUGUAUAACAAUGUAUUUUAGCUGAGCGAGAGUUUAAAGGCGGAUUUAUUUGAUGAAUACACAACAAUUACAUCAUCAACGUGCUGUCUGUCUGUUCUCUAUUCUCGAGCUACUUAAGGUCUCAACACAAUAUUUUUGCAAGCUAAAGCAUUGUCAUUAUUUCUUUAUAAAGAGGUAUAAGGAGCAGCAGCUUAUUGCAGUGUUUGCACAGUGAGUUUUUGGGUGUAACUAUAGUUUUUUUUGGAAACUACACCAUUGAAAUAACCAAUAACUUGUAUUCAACUUUUUUCUCAUGUGAUGAUCUGGUCUUCUUUUAGAUUUUAAAGUGUUACACCAAGCACUUACCAAGCUCUUUUUACAUUUCUGUGGUGUUUGUGUUUAGCUGUAAUUUUCCUCUUACUCAUUUACUGUACCCACACAUAUUAUAUACUGUUUUUCUCGCCAUUAAAUGGUCUUUCUGAAGAUACCAUUAUUUUAAUUGUAUCAUAUAAUUUACUAAAAAAAUAUUUAUAAAAUAUGAUGGAAAAAGUGGAAAAAAAACACACUUUUUCUAACUUUGACCCCCAAAAUCUGUUAAGCAUCUACAACUGCCAAAAAACACCCGUGCUACAUAGUUUCAAAAUUUUGUCCUGAGUUUAGAAAAGCACAAGUAGCACUUUGCUAUUUCCAAACCAAUUUUUUUUCCAAAAUUAACGCAAGUUACAUUGUAACACUAUCUGUCAGGAAUCCUCGAAAAACCUUUCACAUGUAUAUAUUUUUUAAAAGAAGACAACCUUAUGGUAUUAAACCUGGGGUAUUUUGAAUCUUUUAAUGCAGCCAUUUUACCACCAAUCUAUGCCAAAUAAAAAAAUUAAAUAAAUAAUUGAUGAAUUUUUUUUUUUUUUUGAGACACAUAGCAAUUUAAGAAUAUAUGUACUGAUAACUUUAAGGGUUACUGCCAAAGAACACCCCAAUAUGUGUUCAGCAACAUCUCCUGAGUACAGAGUUUCACAGUUAGUCAUCAAGCACCCAUGUCCCAUUUGGGACAUUUUUGAAGCCGGACAAUAUAAUUUACCCCCAUCAAACCAUAUAUUUUUGAAAAGAAGACACCAUACCACUGCUCUCGAGUGUUCGUCUAUGUUUGGGGAAGUUUUCCCAAACAUAUACAUGAGCAGAGCAGGGAAUCCCCAUGAAGGCUUGCACUAACGCCUGGUCGUAAGUGUGAGCCAUGGUAAAACAGGUAGGUUGCUAAAUGAAGACCACCUGUAUAUGUAUAAUAUAUUUAUUUUAUUAUUUUUUUAGCAGCCUGGGGGACUGCCUGACAGCUCAGACAGUCCCCCUGCUGGCAGCUCCUAGAGUCCUAUUGCGGUGAUGUGAUCAUGAUGAUCACAUGGCCAUGGAGGGCCGGGGUGGCCGGAGCUGCUGUAGGGGUACUGCUGGGGUCUCCGAAGAUCGUCGGUCCAGGGCUCCUAUCGUGGACGUCCUGUCGCAGACGUCCUUAAUGACCGUUUUUUAUUGGACGUACCUAGUUUGUCCUCGGUCGUUAAGGGGAAUAUAUAUAUAUUUAUAUAUAUAUAUUCUAUCCAGAAUUCUGGCACUCUUACCAUAGAACCUCAAACCAAAAUCAGUAGAAUAACCAGGGUGCAAUCUCAGUGCUCAAAUAUAAAACCCAGAAAAAAUGAGAGCACUCACUGGAUUUGAAACAAAUAUUAUACCAUGAGCAAAAAAGUGAAUCAACAUUUCGACCUUCAAGUGGUCUUUAUCAAGAUCUUGAUAAAGAUCGCUUGACGGUCAAAACGUUGAUUCACUUUUUUGCUCAUGGUAUAAUAUAAUAUUUGUUUCAAAUCCAGUGAGUGCUCUCAUUUUUUCUGGGAUAUAUACAUAUCUAUCUCAAAAUACAGUGAUCAUAAAAUGACAUUUAUAUACAUAAUUUAAAAAAAAUAUUUUUACAGUUUAUUUUUUAUUUAUCAUAAUAUAUGUGUGUGUAUGUAUAUAUAUAUAUAUAUAUAUAUGUAUAUAUAUAUCAACAAACAAGGGAUGACCAGCACUCACGGUUUUUGUAGAAGUUAAAAGUCCAUAAAUUGCGUAUUUGCGUAUUCCUGAUGAAAGUCCCGGAGGAGGACUGAAACGUCGAGCUGUUACAUUUUUAAAUAUGUUUAAAUAAAUUUAUGGACUUUUAACUUCUACAAAAACCGUGAGUGCUGGUCAUCCCUUGUUUGUUGAUAUUCUUAUCUACCCUGGACUACAAGCACCCGGACACUACAACCGUUUAGUCUGUGUGCAAGGAUUACAAGUGUUUAUAUAUAUAUAUAUAUAUAUAUAUAUAUACACACACACACAAACGUGUGUAAUUUUACUGUGUUUUUAUAUUAAUAUAACGUUAUAUAUACACGUGUGUAUGUGUAAAUAAACACGUAUUUUAGAUUAACUGACGGGAAGGGUGUGCUUGGAGGUAAAGCUCCAGGUUGUCGAUGCAAACCUUCUCUAUGGUGAGGAGAAGUAGAGUCACUUAUGUCACGAAAAGACUGAAAGCCAGGAUGAAUUAUGGGAUAGUGAGUUUCUGAUUGAGUCUGGGAUUCUGGUCUAUAGAACAACGAAUAGAUCAUCGUAGUACUAGUAAGACUUGUACACUAAGACACUGUGGGAGGCAAUCAGUAAGGAGACUAAACUAACCCUUUCAGAUGUCUUUGCGAUUGGUCAGGGACACGAAGUACGCGGGAGUGACAAUGUAAACAGAUGUGCUAGGGGCAGGAUUUGAAGGGAUAACAUAACCAUGCGAGGGAUUUAGGAGCCCUGUGGCUGGAGAUACCAGUCUCUCUAGUCCAUCGUUGAUGUUUUGUAUGGAGGCAAGUAGAGUGGAUAUCAACUGCUUGACUUCAUUGUAGUUAUCCAGAUUACCUGACUGUGAGCUAGUGCCCGGCUGAGAUGUACCGGUAAUUUGAGCAGAAGUUUAUAUAGUUUGGUUUGCGAGCUGUGGCCGGGAAUGGAAUCCCUAAAUGCCGUAGUACAGCUUGUUAAUUUUAGGAUGGUCCAGGAAUGUAGGGAACCGGGGUUAGUAGGCUCCAGAUAGUCUGCAGGGGUGCUAGGCCCAGCCGGGGUGGGUAGUCAGGUUGGGGUAUGGGGCAGUGAGGUCACUUUCUUGUUCUGGGAUUAGAGGCACGCUGAGACCAAAAUAGGAGAGGGGUGAGCACAACAAAUAAUAGCGUGAUUCUGUGUCAACUGGCUCUAGCUAAAGGCAAACAAUUUAUCUUAACUACCAGGAGAGUGAGGCCCUUAAUGCCAAGUGGCUGAGAGAGGCUCUACCUAUGAUUUGGCCUAGUGGGCAGGGGCCACUGAAAGAUGUGGCGGGAAUGUUGACCUCUUGGGGACUGUAAAAAAGAGUCAGUAUAAGAGGCCGUGCUGGGUGAGGCCCUUACUGGUACCCUGGAGAGGUUGAUGUGAGGCGUUAGCUAUGCGUUGGGCCGAGGGUUAUAUACUUACAUAUGCGGAUGGAGAUGGGUGUUGGCGUCACGGAAUUGAUAAUGAUGAGGCUAGUUACUGGCUUAGCUUGGAACUAGACCGCCAGUUGACAUACCCGAUCCGCGAAUGGGACGGGUGAUGGGUAGUAGUGAGGUGGGUAAAUGUACCUUGCUUGGGGUAGAAUGAGGAUUCCAUGCCAGAGGAAUGAGAUACUGGAGAACCUAAAUGGAAAAUUAUGGUGGGAGGCCAGUUUAAACUGGAAUUGGGCUUGACUUACUAUGAAUGAAAAUACGCUUGUAUCAUGGGGGUGGUUGUUCUUGAGGCUGGGCUAUGAGCAGGUCUGUAUAGGUGAUGGAAAUGCACUCAAACCCUCGUCCUGGACUCCUGGGUGCAAUAAACUGGAUCAGCCCCAGUAACAAAGGUACCAAAUAUCAACUUAAGUGUAGAAAAAUAAUCCAGGCACUCCAAGAUGUUCCAAAAAAGUAGGCAAUUUUAUUGGACCCAAGCACCAAAGAACAAUGUUUCGACCCCUUAGGGCCUUUAUCAAGCUGAUAAAGGCCCUUAGGGGUCGAAACGUUGUUCUUUGGUGCUUGGGUCCAAUAAAAUUGCCUACUUUUUUGGAACAUCUUGGAGUGCCUGGAUUAUUUUUCUACACUUAAGGGCUAUGAGUAGGUAACCUGAGGGCAUAGUCAUUAGAAUCCUGACCCUACCAUGGUGGGUACAAGAUUCAUAGGACAUAAAUAAAAUAUCCCUAUAAGCGAGUAGGGUCAGGAUCCUAGGCCACUACCAAAGACCGUGGGGGUGUGUUUAACCGAUACUGCGACAAUAAUGGGGAAUAGGCAGAGUCAUGAGUAACCGUCCUGUGACUUCUGUAGCUAAAAUACGUAUAGGGUGAUAUGAAAUACCAAGCUAUGAGGGUUGUUUGAGCUAUCCUGGUAGGACUUAGAAUAUUUAAUUAUAUGGUUGUGACAGCAUGGGAAGGGGGUGUAUGUGUGGGGAAUUAAGGAUCCCCGGGCGUGGGCCUGUGUAUGGCCUGGCGGAGGAAUUGCGUGCCAGCGUUGGCUGAUGUAACAUAGAACAGUUAGAGUGGAGUUGAUGUAGGUUUAGUGAAGCCAUGCCUAAAUAGCAAGGGUUGGUUAGGAUGAUGAAUUUGAUUGAGUAGAGUAGAACAGCGAUGAGAAAUAACCUUUAGUGCAUAAUACGUGAUUAUUUGACGUAGAGUCAAGGGGAUCGUAUGAUGGUAUGGUAAAGCCUGGUACACUAGGGUUUGUACCAGGGAACAUGACGAUAUAUAUACUGAACAUAGGAGUGUGGCGUGUUACUAAAAAGGUUUAGCGAAUAGGUGGUCGUGCUCCAAAUAAGUAAAAUACCUAUCAUGGGAGCAAGUAUACAGAUUGGCCCUAACACAUGGUAACAAAUAUGUGAUGACUCCCUCAGAACAGUACCAAGUCCAUAAGUGAUAGAAUAAGACAUUGCAAUAUAUGAUGGAAAUGCAUUAUACUUAGUGAAUAUUAAAUGCGUACCAGAGCUGAACUAGUAAUGGGAAACUGACAAUAUCCGUGCACAGUCGUAAAUAAUAACAAGAAACAUAGCAAACAUAACCGAACUACAGGGGGGCAUGUAAGGACAAUUAGUAGCAGGCUAAAUACAUUUCAAAAGAACCUGGACAUUACAUGUAUUAGGGAACAGUGUAAAACUAACGAAUGGGUACUAUGAUUGUAGUGGCCGCUAGAUGGCAGCAUGUAACUGAGAUAGAUUGGAGACUAGUUCGGUAGAAAUUGGACGAAAGGAAACUAACGAAAUGGGAAUGGAACAAGGAGCAGGCAGGAGUAGGCGAACUGACUUAAGUCCUGAAUGGGGAAAAAGUCCCGAAUGGACGGUAUGUAAGGACGUAAAUGUGUGAACAAUAGUGUUAGUACAUGGAUUUAGCCCGUUUGGGCAGACUCACGGUUCGUGGAUUUGACUGAUACAGGAAGCAAACAAAUUGACCCGGAAGCUGCGAUGAGGUGAAAGGUCAGCUAUGCGCCUGGAAAGUACCCAGACUCGGCGGACACAGAGGUUUGGUCCAGGAAAAGGGCCGGGAAGGGGUCUCAUAGUGCUGACAGGAACAAACUGCCAGUUCCGGAGAGGAGGUGAGUAGUCUCUGACCACGUGUGGCUGGAACAGUGUGAUGGGAGUUGUUGGAGCAGGGAGAACUUGGUCCUAACGGCAUGGAAGUCUCUAACCGCAUGUGGCUGGAACAGCAUGAUGGGAGUUGUUAGAGCAGGGAGAACUUGGUCCGAUCGCCGUGGGAGUCUCUGACCCUGUGUGGCUGUAACAGCAUGAUGGGAGUUGUUGGAGCAGGGAGAACUUGGUCCGAUCGCCGUGGGAGUCUCUGACCCUGUGUUGCUGGAACAGCAUGAUGGGAGUUGUUGGUGGAGAAAUUGGUCCAAUCGCCAUGGGAGUCUCUGACCGUGUGUGGCUGGAACAGCAUGAUGGGAGUUGUUAGAGCAGGGAGAACUUGGUCCGAUUGCCGUGGGAGUCUAUGACCCUGUGUGGCUGGAUCAGCAUGAUGGGAGUUGUUGGAGCAGGGAGAAUUUGGUCUGAACGGCAUGGAAGUCUUUAACCGCAUGUGGCUGGAACAGCAUGAUGGGAGUUGUUAGAGCAGGGAGAACUUGGUCCGACCGGCGUGGGAGCCACAGUAUGCCCAGACCAGCUUGUUUGGAGUUUUAGGCAGUCUGCUUCGAUGACCUUUGAACCGGAAGUAGAAAUGAACCCGGCAGCAUCAGCCCUGUGGUGUAGGGGGCCUGAGUUUAAACUUCAGGCUCCGCCUUCCAAUAUCUCAUAUAUACAUUUUUUUUUAAACUUUUAUUUAUUUUUCCACCAGCAGGGGCAGUUCAGGCAGUCCCCCUGCUGGCAGCACAAUGGACAUCUGUGGGGGCCAUGUGAUCGUUCUUUUAGAGCGGUCACAUGGACCCUGGGGUUCCUAAAUUGGAGAGGGGGGACGCUCUGGGCUCAGUCCAGUACCUGCAAAGAAGAAGACCGAUCGCCGGCGGGGGAAUGCGGCAAUCGGUAAGUACGUAGGGAAGGGGGGGAGGGUAGGAAACUUUUUUUUAAAUUUUUUUUAUUUAUUUAAUCCCCCCCCCCCCCAAUAUUGUAAUUUUUACAACUGUUACUGAGUGCCUUGACCCCUCGAGGCACUCAGAUGCUCUUCCUUCAAUGCCGGGCACCACGUGUGGCAAACCCGGAAGUGAUCGCUCUGGGGGGAGCGAUCACAUGGGGUCCCCGGCAGUGUAGGGGGGUAUUCCAUGAUGCCUCGAUAUCGAGGCAUCAUGUAAUACCAAAAGAGCGGCUGGAAGCGAUCACGAUCGCUUCCAGCGCUCAAAAUAGCUGCGGACGUAACAGGUACGUCCGAGGUCGUUAACAGACGAUUUUUGUCUGACGUACCUGGUACGUCCCCGAUCACUAAGGGGUUGAAGUAAUUGACUGGUCCCGGAAAUAAUUCAUAUUUACCGUUUUAUGAUCACUGUAAACCCCCAUUUUGCCCAGUAAAUUUUAAAACGGCUCUGCCAUGUCCACAUCUUCUUUUUUUUAAUUUUAAACCCUCCUUUCACCUUUUUUAACCUCUUUAUUUCUUGUCCUGAUCCAUGCGCUAGGCACCCCCAUUUUAGUGGUUCCUGGAUGACGUGUACCGCAUGGGCUUCAUCUGCUUACACUAGCUCGGUCUGUGAAAUUCACACGCAUGCCCUGUUGAACACUUGCACUUGGGCAUUUGAAUUGUCUAAAUUUCAGCUAUUGACAAAUGAAAAAACAGAAAUUACAUUGAAUGAAGUGAAGAACGAAUUGCAAUUCAGUCUUCUUUCAUUUAGUUUAUUACAAGGAAGGGACUCACGCUCCCUCCUUGUAAUACUUCCUAAAUCCUCCAUAUGCGUCCCCCCUCACUCUGUGGGGGUCAGUAUAAUCCCAUAUAAGAAUAAGGUUGCUGUUCAGAGUAGUGGCAUAUCUACCAGCUGCGCACUGUUAUAUAAAAAUAAAUGGGGACUGGACACAGGUCCCCCAAGCUCCCAUAGUGGGUCACAUAUAUAAAUAACUAACAGGGGGGGGGGGAUAGUGUCCCCCUCCAGCCUCCACCCAUGCUCGGCAAAUGGGGGCUAUUAAACUAUCUGUAAAUCCAUAAUGUCCCAUCGAACUAUUAAAAUUAUACAAUUUAAAAAAAAAUUAAUCUUCACCUAGCGAGGGCUCUGUGCAGACUAAGCUUUGCAUGGCUGGGAAAGGCUUAUAAAGCCUUCCCACGCUGUGCAAUUUUACUUAGAGUGCUCUGAUUGGUUGGCUGUAAAAUAAAACAUUAUUAGUCAGUAAGAUAGUCACUAGAGAUGUAUUUAACCAUGCAAUGUACUAACCUGCAAUGUUGUACAGUGCAGAGUCAAAUUGAAAGGACCAAUGCAUCUCGACUAUUUCAUUGAGAUGAAAUGGUCUGGGUGAUUUUAGUGGUCCUUUAACUGAUUUGAAGUGGUCAAUUGGUGCUUGGAGUUGGUAUGUGCAUCAUUUCAAUAUACACAGAGAACUUUGCUGCAGGACUUGUGCGAAAUAAUUAGCCAGCCUGGAAAACAAGUGUUCGGGGCUGGCUAAUUUUAGUUCUGUGUAUAAUAGGCUUCUGUAAUCAACAUACACAGUAUGCUGGCAAAAGACAACCAAAGGUGGUCCCUCCCUCAGACUUUUCUCUGAGACAUCACGGCCUCGUUGGGGAAGGUUUGGGCUCCAGAAAGAGCUACGGCCUUGGCUUCUGACUGCAGGUAUGCUUUUUUUAAAAUCUUUUAUAGGGAGCGAGAAGAGGAGAAGAGACUUAUCAAAGUAUUAAAAAAAAUAAUAAUAAAGAGUGGUGCAGUGACUAGUGAAACCAGCAACUACAUUUUCACCACAUUUAAAACAACAAAAACAAACUUUUGAUUAAUAAACACAAAUAUUUCAGUUACUUCUCUUCCACCAGCUACUAUGUUAAAGAACCUCUAGAGCCACCCAGAACUCUUCAGCUCAGCGAUGUGGUCUGUGUGCAGUGGUCUUGUCAGUUUAACCCUGCAAUGUAAAACAUUUUGUCAAGCUUGAAAAUUAGUAAUACAAAAAAGUAAUUUUUAUAUUUUUUGACUGGGUUGGAAUCUUUUUGAAAUACUUAUUUUGGAGUGGGGAGACGGAGAAACCUUAACAUGAUUAUUUACUAAACACAGGUAUAUCCUAUUGUUAAUGCUUGUGAUCAAAUAGAAAUGGAAUUUGGAUGUAAAAAAAAAAAAAUAUUUUAUAAACUAAUUUGUGCAAUUUAUUUCUUUGUAGAUAAAAGAUGACACACCCCAGAGAGACAUCAGAACGAAUUAUCAUGGAGCCAUACAAAUAUUUGCUUCAGCUUCCGGGUAUUGUUCUACUCUGUAUUUUCUUUUUCUUUCUUACAUUCUAAGCUUAUUGAAUUGGGGAAAAAAUAUUAUGUAUGGAAAAAAAUUAAACUAUUAUAUUGCAUGUUGUUUAAAUUAUAGCUUGUAUUAAUUUGAGACAGAACUCAUUAAAUAUUAUAAUUCAUAAAACUAAGAAAAACAGUUUGUAAUAUCACUAAUUGGUAAAAUGUUACCAAGGACUCUGCUAGAAAAUAAUUAUAAAUAGUCAACAUGGGACCACUUAUUUAUUCUCAAUUAAAAUUAAACCAGGUGGCUUCUCAAGAUCCUGAUGGAAGGGGUAAAAAAACCCCACAAGGGAGUGAAGGUAAAAAAUGGGUGAAAGGCAGAGAGUAAAUGAGUAAUUGAAUAUUCUGACUGUCUUUCUCAAGAUAGUGUUCUAUGUAUGAUAGAGAGAACACGAUCUUGAGAAAGACCGACAGAAUUUUACCUUAAUUUGUUAUUCAAUUCUUCAACCUUUUCUAUAAAUAUUGUUACGGUUAUGUUUUAAUUACUCCAGCAAACAAUUUGAAUAAGGAUGUGUGUUUUCAGAUUGUUUACCCAAGCACACAUGAUAAUUUAGUGGAAAUUUGCAUUAGCUAUGUUAUUGCAGUUUGGUUUGGGGGGGGGGGUCAGUAAAAUGUGCCACCAGCUAUCAUAAACCGGUUUAGAAUGCAGUUUAACAGUUCAACCACUCACACAUCUAGAUUGCUGGCGUUAUUCCAAAAAAAAAUACAAAAAAAACAGGUAUUUCAGGAAGGAACCGGUAAAACUUUUGUAAAGAGUCAUACCAUUGCGUGAGCAAUUUAGAAUUUGUCUUUGAGAACCCGAAUAAGUCAUUGUGAGCAUUUUGUCCACUCUUGAUCAGAGAAAGAUGUCUGCAAGUCCUCUUCCUAUAAAGCUUUAAACUUAAAUGGUGUUGGUUUGUCUGCAGAAAGGAGCAACUGGUACAGGGUAGAAAUGCCACGGUGUAAUGGCUCUGCCCGAGCGCAAAUCUCUUCAAAUGGUAGAAAUAUUUUAGCUCGACCUUCCAUCCCGGCAUAGUGUUUCAUAUUCUAAAUCUAUUUAUGUGUUUAUAUAUAUCGGAUUAUUUUAUUCAUUAAAAUAGCACGCCCUAACGUCUGGGUCAAAGGACCACUCCACACUUUUCAAACCCCCCCACACACACAGUUUAGUAGAUAUAGCCCAAUUCAUUAUUAUUAUUAUUAUUAUUAUUAUUAUUAUUGCCAUUUAUAUAACACUAACAGAUUCCGUAGCACUUUACAAUAUUAUGAUUUAACUAUAAAUAGGACAAUUACAAGAAAACUACAAGAACGAUCGGUUGAAGAGGACCCUGCUCAAACAAGCUUAGUCUAUAGGAGGUGAGGUAUAAAACACAUUAGGACAGGAAAUAGCCUUUAAAUAAGGUAGGAGUGAAGCAGAGCUGGAGGAGAGAGUAGAGUGCUGCCCUUUAGGAGAGAGCAAGAGAAAGGUAUGUAAGGUAGAGGUUACUCUGGGAGGCCAUAAGCUUUCCUAAAGAGAUGGGUUUUAAGGCACGUCUUAAACAAUUGAAGAUUAGGGGAGAGUCUGAUGGUGGUAGGCAAACUAUUCCAUACAAAGGGAGCAGCCCGCGAGAAGUCCUGCAAGCGUGACUCCGCAGAGCGGAGAGACCGAGAAGGGGCAUACUUUGGAUCUGUGACGCGGUAUAAGACGGGCUAGAAUUGUUCAGUGCUUUAUAGGUAUGGCUUAGCACUUUGGAUUGACUCCUAUAGGAUACAGGAAGCCGGUGUGAGCUGUGAGAGGACUCACUAGAGAGACUGUAGUGGGGCAAUAUGGUUUUUGGGAAGACCAAUUAGGAGAGAGUUACAAUAAUCCAUGAGGGAAAUUACUAGAGCAUGUACAAGCUCCCUGGUAGCAUCUUGUGUAAAAAAGUGGCGGAUGCGGGCUAUAUUUUUAAGAUGGAAUCUACAGGAUUUGGCAACCUACUGGACAUGAGGCUCAAAGGUGGGGCCAAAAUAAAGUAUGACGCCAAGAUUGCGUGCUUGCAAGGAUGGACUUAUGUGGAUACCACUAACUUGAAGGGAGAGCGAAAGAGGAGGAUCAGUAUUAGGAGGAGGAAAGAUAAGGAGCUCAGUUUUAAAGAUAUUGAGUUUCAGAAAGCGGGAGGACAUGGAAGAAGUCAGAGAUGGAAGAAAGGCAACCAGUGAGACGUUGCAGGAUGGCAGGGGAGAGGUCGGGGGAGGAGAGAUAUAUCUGGUUGUCAUCAGCAUACUGGUGGUAGUGGAAUCCAAGUGAGGUAAUAAGUUUGCCAAUAGAGGCAGUAUAAAGAGAAAAUAGAAGGGGACCAACGACAGGGAGGGAACUCCAGCCGAGACAGGACGAGGGGAGGAGGUAUCAUUAGAAAAGGAGAUACUGAAUGAGCAUUGGGAGAAAUAAGAGGAAAACCAUGAGAGGACGAGUCACAAAGACUGAGUGAUUGAAGAGUUUGAAAAAGGAGAGCAUAAAUGCAUGUAUAUUUUUAUGUAUGAAUUCAUUGGGGUUACAGUCUAAAACAGCUUCCAAAAUCUGCAGUUCUUAUGACUGUAGCUUUUGUAAGCCAUCCCCUUUUUCACAGGAAGUGACUUUCAGUCACUUCACAGACAAUUGUCCAAUCAGAAGCUUGUCAUAGAGAAGCCUCUGUUCCAUUCUAUUUCAGGUGUCUCUCCUCCCGCAAUCCCACCUUGUGUCUUAACCCCCCCUCUCUUUCCUUUGUCAAAGCCUCCCUCCCUGUGGCAAAGCUCCCUCCCCUGCUGUGGCGAAAGUAACCUCGCCACUGUUUUUUGGAGUGGCCUGUUUGCCAGCCUCCUACCCUGGGACUAUGGGCCCUGUGAUAACUCAUGUUCAAAAGUACUGUUUCUGCCCCUUGGACUUUUAACUGGAACAGAUUCAAACAUGUGGUGGCAGCCAUCUUAAAUUGUCCAGCAGUGUUUUGUUGUCGAGUGUAUGGAACUGUUUUGGGCAUGGGACCAUGUGCACGGUGGGGCAAAAAUAAAACUUCCAGGAAAUUUCUGAACCACUGAACUGAUCUGGGUGAUUUUUGGAUAUGUUGUUCACCCAGAUCAGGGCUAUCAGGGGAUGUGUUAUAUUUUGGGAAUGGUCCUAAACUGACCCUUCACCCUGCUUUCUUUGGUUUUUACUAUAUAUUGGGGCUGAUGUGUACUGUAGUCAUUGCUGCCGGCCCAGUAGUGAUGGGAGUGAGCGCAGGACUUAUCUUUUUGUAUUUGUAUUUUCUUUACAUCAGUACCUAAACGUUUUCACACCUCACUGAAAUUUGAACAUACUUUCCAUACUUUCUCUCCUCCCUCAAUCCCACCUUGUGUCUUAACCCCCCCUCCCCUCACCCCUCUGCUCUCUGUGUCAAUGCUUCCCUCCUGGCAUAGGUUACCCUCUACUGAAAGCUACACUCUAGACUUCGUUUCAGACUGUCCUACCCUCUGUUCAUUUGUGGUUUGCAUUGCAUUCAUAGAGUACCAUUUACAGGGUAGACUCCUACAGAGUUCACAUUGUAAUAUCUACUAAUGGACUGCUCCCAGGGCCACCAUCAAACUUCUUGGGGCCCGUUACAACCAUACUGGCACAGCUCCACGAUACCUUUCCAAACACACACAUUCUACCAGAUAGGCACUUCAAUAUACACUCCCAGAGAUAAAUGCAAACAUAGGCACAUUCCAGACACUGCUACACCCACCCACACACAUCUGUUUGACCGGGCCCCUUACAGAAAUACUGGCUUCCAGUAUUGCUCUUAGACUUGGUCGUACUCCUCAUCACGUCAUUCCUUCAUUACCUCAAGACUUUGUUUCUCAAUUGUUUUGCUGUUUAAGAUCUAUUUCCUUCUCCUUCCUUUCCUAAUUUGCCAUUUUUUUUUGUUUCCCUCCUUUUUUGAACUCUGAUGUUUGUCAGUACCUACAUCUUGGGACCUGCCAUCUCAAGCUUGCCUUCCUUCUAUUGUUAUUUCUUCUCUACCUCUUUCAGAAUCUUUUUUCCAUUUCUGGUCUAUUUGUGUUGAAAACAUAAUACUUAGUAGGGACGUUUGCUCUGAAGGGUUUGCUCUGAAAAGACAGCGUUUACAUUGAAAAUCCUGCAGGGACAAGCUAUAGACACCAGAACGACUACAUUAACCCCUUAAGGACAGCGGGCAUACUAUGCUGUCCCUGGGGACCUGAUCCUAAAUGCUGGUGUGCGGCAUAGUACGUCUGCCGUCCUUACCACUUACCUGGUCGCCGGCGAUCGCAAUGGGGGGACUUGCCUAGCAUCCCAGGCAGUCCCCCUGACGUCGCGACCACAUGGACGGAAUAGUCGUCCAAAGCUGUGCCUGCAGGGGGACUGCAUGGAAUGACCCCUGAUGCCUGUAAUAAUUUUUAAAACAGUAAUUAAAAAAAUAUAUACUUAUAUCAUAUAUAUGUAUAGUUAUAAUUGUGUGUGUGUGUGUGUGUAUAUAUAUAUAUAUACAAAUCUAAAAUAAACAAGUAAAAAAAUUAUAAAUAAAAAUUAUAUAUGCAUGUGUAAUUUUGUUCUAACUGUAUUUUGAUUGCUAUUGCAACUUCAAUGGUGACCGAUUUUAUUCAUUUUUUUUAAAAAAAACACCCAAUCUCGGCAAAAAUAAUGGGGGUUUAUUAACAUUAUAUGAUCAUACAUUGCAUAAGCCUGCCACAAUGUCUAUGCACCCCAUCUUUGGCAGGUCCUAUGCUAACAACCUGUUUGCUCUUAUGAGAUUAACCCACUUAAUUGGGGGAAAAAAAUCCAUCUGGGGCUCUCUGCAGUACAAGGCUAAAUAGGGCCCUGGGAAGAGGCACCUGUGACAGGGAUGGGGUGCAAAAUAUUUUUCUAAGAUACAAUAUCUUCAUGUUUCUAGUUUUGUUUACUUUGUAAUUAGUAUGAUGGAUACAUUCAUCUCUAUCUUUGUAUCCACCUUGUGCAGCUGUCCAGAGCCCCCUAAUUUAGAACUGCUGGUAUGUUUUCUAGUACAUAUGGUAAUAAUGUGCUAUCAUCUUUGAUAUGGUUUUUUUUCUAUAUAUUUUUACAGUAUUGUAUGGGGAUUCAAAUGCACUUUUUCUUAGUCUUGGAUAUGGUGACACACACAAUAAUUCUAUAGCGAUAAGAGUGUAUGCUGUUCUGGUUUCCAAUUUCCCUGCCUUUAGCAAUUAUUUUUAAUAUGCUCCCCCUUCAAUAUUGAUUUGGGGAGUAUAUAUUAAGCAAUUUUAUUUGCUUUUAAUUGUCAUACUCCCCUUGAGCCACAGAUCUGCCUACACAGUUGGAUGAGUGUGAUGAGAUUUGCAGUUAGCAAGUGCGGCGGACCACGUGGCUUUAUCCGUAGCUAAGAGAUAGCUUGAAGUACAAGCUCUCUUUCACCCUCUUCGUAAUCGUACAUGCUAAUACAGGGGUUCCCAAUCAAUUUUUCACGUGGAACCCUUUGACAUAGUGUAUCAACAUCGUGAAACCCCCCCCAAAAAAAUUUUUGGCACCAUAGCGCAAACCAUUUAAUUAGCAGAGUGUCUUUUAUAGCAAAUUAGUUUUUCUGCCAUACAUACACCAAUUUCUACAGAUAGUAAACAGAUUGUAGUACAUAGGAGCAGGGGUGCCUUUUUGUGUAAAGUUGGUACAUGUAAUUCUAGCUUCUUAAUACAGGGGUGUUUGUGUAAGCAAUAUUUGUAUUAGCUUACCUUGGUGUGCAGAAGGGUGGCUUGCUUGGAGGUCUGGUCCAGUCUGAGGCUGAUGGGAGUGGGCAAGCAGCAGUAGCUCACUCCCAGCCUCUCCUCUGUCUCCAUGCUGUGUGCUGCUGCCUCCAGCCUGGUGAUCACUCACUGCAUUCCUUCUGCACGUUUGUUUCUCUAAUGAGGCUGGGAGGAAGUGCUGUCACUUCCUCCCAGUCCGCCCAUAGUGCAGGGGCCCGUCAGGCUCUUAAAGAGCCACGACACCUGGUCGUGCCCUUGUUUAGCGAUUAUAGCCCCUAUGUGCAUGGGCCACCCGAUGGUCAGAUCGCAGCGGAACCCCAAUUUUGUUCUUGCGGAACCCCAGGAUUGCCUGGAACAUUAAUUGGGAAACCUUGAAAGUCCUGCAGGGACAAGCUAUAUACACCAGAACAACUACAUUAACCUUAAGGACAGCGGGCUCAUAAUACUUUAGACCACUUUGACAGGUGGCAGAUCCGUCUGGGCAAUGGGCUCACUGAUCAGCCCACACACUUAGAUUUACACAUUUAGUGUUUUAGUUGAUCGCCCACUCACACAGCGAUCUUACUCCAAGAUGUGUGUUCCACUGGCUGCUAUGAUACAACCCACGAGGGCACCAGAGAGAGGUUGUGCAUCUCAUCCAGCUGUAAUGUGGGCAGUCUCAGGCUCGGUAAAUACACAAUGUGGGUGUGAUUAGUAUGUAGUUGGGAUAUAUUUUCUUAUGUUUGCACAUUGGGGAUUUAUUGUUUGUCCUGAUGAUAGCUCCAUGCUGGAGCUGAAACGUUGACAUCAUUUUAAUGGAAUGAAUAAAAGUUGGCUUAUUUCAACUAAUACAAAAUCCCUGGAGUGCUGUUCUUUUUGCUUCUAUGUACAUCAAUAUAUAUGGAUAUCUCUCGCUCUCUCUAUAAACUCUACGUAUAUAUUUAUGUAAUAUUUUUACAUCAUUACAUAAGUCAUUUUAUUAAUUAUGAUUUGAGAGACCUGCCUGACAACCCAAGCAGAAAGUCGACAGAAUUUGGUUUGCAAGCCCUAUAUUUAACCCUUUACUUUUUCAAGACACCAUAAAACCUGUACAUGAGGGGGUACUGUUUUACUUGGGAAACUUCGCUGAACAGAAAGUGUUUCAAACAGUAAAAUGUAUCACAGUGAUGAAAUUGUCAGUGAUUUGUCAGUUUAUUUAGCAUUUUUCACACACAAACGGCACUUUCGCUGAUGAUAUUGUUGUGAUGCAUUUUACUGUUUUGAAAUACUAUUAUUUCUGUUCAGCAAAGUCUCCCAAGCAUUAGGGCUGCUGUGUGUGUAUAAUGGUCUUCAGUAUUUAUUUAUUGUGCUGUUGUGUAGGGGGCAUAAGGGUUCAGGCUGUAGAGGGAAACAUGAUAAAAUAAAUAUCAACUCAUACCAAAAAAAUACAUAUUUAUGAGUUUAAAGACUAUUAGCACGAAACAUUUAAUACACUGCCCUUUUUCCCCUCCUUUCCCCUAAUUUAAUACACUCCCCAUCUCCCUAACCCAAAUUUAAUACACUCCCCCAUCUCCCUCAAUUUGUAUCUCCCUCCUUCCUCUCCACCAGUUCAAUACACUGCCCUCCCUCCCCUGCUUCCCCAAUUCAAUACACUGCCCUCCCUCCCCUGCUUCCCCAAUUCAAUGCACUGCCCUCCCCUACUCCCCCAAUUCAAUACACUGCCUUCCCUCCCCUGCUUCCCCAAUCAAAUACACUUCCCUUUCUAACCCUCUAAUUUAAUACAUUACCCCCUCUCCCUACCCCCAGUGUAAUGCAAUACCGGAAGGUCCCCCAGUCUCAUUUUACCCUACCUCACAAUACUCCAGUUCCCCGAUCGUCCGUGCUCAAGCAGGCUAUACAGCAAGCAGGAGGAACAGGGAGUGGCUGGCCUGCUCUGAACGGAGCCAGCCACUCUGCAUACUGUAGGGCUGCCACCACGCAGCUGCCGGAUAUGACAUCACACACUGUAUCGGCGGCUGGAGUGGACAAAGGCUUUGAGCUAUUGUGGCUCCACUGACAUCGGCGGGGGAGGAGAGGUCACCAGCGCCGGGCGCUGGAUUAAGGUAUGCUGCUGAAGGGGUUUUAGCCCCUUCAGCGCCACGGGAGGGGGACCCUGAGGUUGGGGGCACUAUAGUGACGCUAUGUUUUCCUCACACUAUAGUGAUCCUUUAAACCACUAUUUCUUUGUCACUGUAACAUACCUGUGCAUGCUUGUUCUUUAUUGUGUAUGUGUGUGUACGUGCUUAUUCAUACAUACAUUUUGUAGUUUGUCUUGUUCUGCAUGCUAAAGCUAGUUGUUCCCUACCCUACUCAUCAUUGUUGGUUUGUUAAAUGUUAUUCAACUAUCUGCUUAUCUCUAAAGAUUUUCUGUUAUUUUUGGUCCCCUCCCCCUUAUUUUAUUGGUACCUACCCGAAUGGUCUUGCUUGACCAAUCCUUACCUCCUCUUUGCAUCUCCAUUCCAUAGUUUUAUUGCAAGCCUUUUUUGACCCUAUCAUAUGUCUUCCACAGUCUGAGUUUUAAAAGGUUCCCUGCUACAAACCAGAAGAUGGCUCAAGCUGACCCGUUACCUUAAAAUCUUUCCAGAACUGCUGAACGCUGCUGGAGAAUGUCUCACUUUGCAUCUGACUUCUAUUUAGCUAUUUCCAUCUAUCUAGCUAUUUCCAUCUUUCUAUUUCUUACUCUGCUACCUCACUCUACAACUCAACGCUCUCCUCUCAACUCAACAUCAUGGCACCUCGUAAAAUUAAACACAGCAAGCGCCCCCAAUUACAACCCUGGCACACCAAGCUGACCCAUUACCUCCAAAAAUGUUCUAAAACUGCUGAACGCGGCUGGAGACAGUCUCACUUUGCAUCUGACUUUCUCCACUAUAAAUUUAUGUGUGCUCCUACAGCCUGGCUCUUUCCGCUGUAAAAUUAAAUUACUUUAAUACCCUCAUAAGUACACUAUCCUAUCAACCCAUACACCUAUUUCACACUUGUAACGAAGUGCCCUUCGCCACUUGGUCCUGGAGAGGCCUGCUUGCCAGCCUCCUCCCCGGUGACUAUGACUCUUUGAUGUAUUUGGCUUUAAAGCCCCUAUACUACCUUCAGACAGACUAUUUAUGUAGGCUGCUUUAUUUCUCUUAUGUUUUAGUCACCCUGUACCCAUUGUAGGUGCAGAGUGUGUGUAAUGUAAUUGUUUAUAGUGUGUGUGUGUGUGUACUGUGAAAUGUAUUGCCUGCUCUCCUGUACUGUUGAGGUUUACUACCAACUAGGUGGAUUUGGCUAUGGAGCUUGUCUAGUGCCCUCUGUUGGUUGCAACAGCAAUAUGCACUACCUGAAUAGCAAGACUUUGCAUAUUCGGGUAGAUUUGCAUAUUGCUCAUUCUGCAGGCACGUGAGAUAUUUUCUGUUAAUUAUUGUCUCCCCCACCCCUUUAAAAAUAUGCCAUUGUGUUAUAAGUCACUGUAUGUUGCCUGCUAUGAUUUGACUGUUUGUAAUUUUAUUGAGUUUUCACAGCAAUGUUAAUGUAAUGACCAUAUGGGCUAGUCCCAAGUAAAAUAAAGGUUUAGACAGUUCUUCUUGAUUCCUCUAAACGUAGCCUAGUCUCGUUAUUGGAGGGAGCUGUUAUAAUCACACUGGGGAUUGAUAUGCUCUGCAUACUCCCUUGAGCUUUAAAUCACUAAGCUCUUUUAAGAGCUGUUAUGCUCUCCUGGAGGAGAGGUCUUCCCCCACACGGUCCUGAAGAUUCCAGUUAAGCUAUGGCGGUUGUGGUCCUUGGCGCAAGCUAGGAAGCGUCCAUCAACAGAGGGUCGGAGUAUGGGGAGCUCCGUUACAACACUUUUGAUGCUCUUCUUCGCCCUUUUAAUCUCCUCCUUCUACCACCUUGUCCGCCACAAACUUUGCAUCUCACUUCACUGAGAAGAUCUCUACAAUCAGAGAAGAGAUCUCUAUUUUCUCUCCUUCCCCUACCAAUAUAUCACCCAAACCCACUCCCUCCACCAUUCUAAACUCAUUCGCACCUGCUACAGCAGAAGAGGUUUCUGCUCUGCUCCGGUCCUCCUGCCCCACCACCUGUUUCCUCGAUCCUAUUCCCUCGUAUCUCACCUGCACUUUGUCUCUCUCUCUUGCUCUUCCUCUAACUAAAAUUUUCAAUCUCUCCUUUCCUCUGGCACAUUUCCCUCACCCCUCAAACAUGCAACUGUAACCCCGAUUCUGAAAAAGCCCAACUCCCAAUCCAACUACCGGCCUAUCUCGCUACUGCCAUUUGCCUCUGUAGAGUUGGUAUAAUCUACAGUAUCUCCGCUGGGUAACAGGAACAGCAUAGAAUCCUUCAAGCAAAAUGAGUACAGCAUGCAAUAAACCUGGUAGCGUUGUAUAAAUCCUUCCUUCCCAAGAACUAUACGACACAUAGGCUAGGAGUCAACUGAGCUUUUAAUCAUAGGUCACAUUAUUUAUGCAGUUCCCCAUGCAAGGGGUUUCCCUACUGACAUUACAGGGGUUGUACAGUAGGGGACUACAUGGGGAACUUAACAACCUGGACAUUUCUCCCAUCAUGCACUGCUGCACGAGAGGGAUACUCCCAUUAGAAUAGCCAGUUAAGUGGAUUAUCCCUCCGUGCAGCAGAACUUACAUUUCACACAAAAAUCCAUAACUUCUACAUUAUUCAUGUUAUUUUACCGAAUAACCGUUUGGUAAAUAGCUGGGGUCUGAGCACACCUUUCGUGAAAGUACCGCUCAGAUCCCAGUCUUAAUAACCGAACGCCGCACGAAAACACAUUAUUUUACAUUCACCUCAAAGGACUCAAUGCAUAUAGUGGAACAAACUACUGAAUGACCGGCACUCCCGAACAGCCUGGAAGUCCAGCAGUAUUCGUGCCGUCGAGUAGCCGAUUUCAGUUCCAGGCGCUCGACAACCAAAUACCGCUGGGCUAACAAAGGAUCCAAGAUGGCCGACCGCCGCGUGGUCGGUAGCCGAACGGCGGCCACCCUGAAUAUCAAUAAUUACCGAAGGAUACAUUGUUGCAAUGCUUAAUGAGAACCACACAACCUCCUGUGUGUGGUCUCUCAUUCGGUAGUUUAUUUGUUUCACAAACAGUGUUGAAAUUCACUGUUCGUGAAACUACUGUAUGAAUGCUGGUGGCUUUCCUGCCGCCAGCAUACGAAUGCUCUCGUUCGCAUAACAUGAAAAAAUAGGUACAUGCUUGGUUCUCACAUUCUUAAAGUCACAGCAACACAUUGAUACACAUACAGUCUGAAUUGGCUAGUUUUGCCACAGUGCUCCCCCAGAACCAAGCCAGCAUACACAGUCUGAUCCCAAUGGAUCGGCUUAGGGAUUUCUGGAGGAGGGCUCACAGAUCACUUUUCAAUGUCUGUUUGUCUGGAUAACCCGUUGGCGUUGCCAUUUUGCUUCCUAGGGCGGUAGUGAAUAGUAAAGUCAAAUGGCUGCAGCGCCAAACUCCAAUGCAGCAGCCAGGCAUUGUCUCCUGACACCCUGUUCAGCCACACCAACGGGUUGUGAUCUGUGAGCAAGAUAAAGGGUUGUCCGUACAAAUAUGGUUGCAGCUUUUUGAGGGCCCACACCACAGCCAGGCACUCCUUUUGAAUGAUAAUAAAAUAUACUGGUGAAAAAAUCCUAAAGAAAAAAACAAACAAGGAAAAUGGUGCUACAAUCACCUUAGUGGAGCCACAAAGAACCACUAAAUAAAUACAAGUGACAGUAAGAAAUACAAAUGGUGAGAGCACUCAAAUAGAACAGAAACUUAUACAAUAAUAUUACCCAAACUGGAUUCUAAUCUGAAAAUAAACACAGAUAGAGAGAAAAAACAUAGGGUAAUAACGUAAUAGUAAAUUGUAAAGACUCUACUACUGGUCUCACUCACAUAAAAAGAGCCACUUAGAUAGCUGGCUCAAACUUGCAUGCCUUGAAUCAAAACUCUUAUUGGGCUUUCACUGGGUCCUUUCUGUAGUUGUAUUCCAUGCACCACCAGGAAACGCAGGUUCAAGGGGUAAUAGUAAGAUUUAUUUGUCAAACAAAAAGGAAUAAAUAAAAAACUACACAUACAAAAGAAAGUCCCUUAAGAAAAAAGUCCAGAGAGCACCUGACGCGUUUCGGCAAUAAGGACGAAGGCUUAUUGCCGAAACGCGUCAGGUGCCCGCUGAUUUGCUUGGAGUCUGACCACUAGAUACUCCUGUACGUCCGCCAAUAGUCGGGAUAGUAUCUCCACAGGGGGUGUCUCUGGAUAAAAGGCGAGCCUGCUCCUCAUCUCCUUGUCAAAUUCAUUGCGGUCAAUUUCCUGUGGCGCUGCUGCAGUGGUUUCUCUGUCUCCUUCCAUCAGUUCUGCCACAAGGGUUGCCUUAGUUUUAUUGCUGGCGCUUUUUCCCCUUGCCUCCAAUAAUUAUUUUAGUGUAGUUUUUUUCAAUGUUGCAUGAAUCGCCUCCAUUCACCAGUUGUUCAUAUAUUUUGACAUAUCUACCGAACACUGUUUUUAUCCGGAUGGCUUGUUCUGGCAAACUGCUGCUUCUCUUCGUUAUUCGCGUGGUUACUGCCGAACGCUGGUUUGCUGGGUGUUUGAAAUCCCGUCGCUUGCCACCAGUUGUAGCGGAGAGGUAGUAUAAUCCACAAUAUCUCCGCUGGGUAACAGGAACAGCAUAGAAUCCUUCAAGCAAAAUGAGUACAGCAUGCAAUAAACCUGGUAGCGUUGUAUAAAUCCUUCCUUCCCAAGAACUAUAUGACACAUAGGCUGGGAGUCAACUGAGCUUUUAAUCACAGGUCACAGUAUUUAUGCAGUUCCCCAGGCAAGGGGUUUCCCUACUGAUAUUACAGGGGUUGUACAGUAGAGGACUACGUGGGGAACUUAACAACCCGGACAUUUCUCCCAUCAUGCACUGCUACACGAGAGGGAUACUCCCACUAGAAUAGCCAGUUAAGUGGCUUAUCCCUCCGUGCAGCAGAACUUACAUUUCACACAAAAAUCCAUAACUUCUACAUUAUUCAUGUUAUUUUACCGAAUGACCGUUUGGUAGAUAGCUGGGGUCUGAGCACCCCUUUCGUGAAAGUACCGUUCAGAUCCCAGUCUAAAUAACCGAACGCCGCACGAAAACGCAUAUUAUUUUACAUUCACCUCAAAGGAUUCAAUGCAUAUAGGGAAACAAACUACCAAAUGACCAGCACUCCCGAACGGCCUGGAAGUCCAGCGGUAUUCGUGCCGUCGAGUAGCCGAUUUCAGUUCCAGGCGCUCAACGACCAAAUACUGCUGGGGUAACAAAGGAUCCAAGAUGGCCGACCGUGGUCGGUAGCUGAACGGCGGCCACUCUGAAUCUCAAUAAUUACCGAAGGAUACAUUGUUGCAAUGCUUAAUGAGAGCCACACGACCACCUGUGUGUGGUCUCUCAUUCGGUAGUUUAUUCGUUUCACGAACAGUGUUGAAAGUCACUGUUCGUGAAACUACUGUAUGAAUGCUGGUGGCUUUUCUGCCGCCAGCAUACGAAUGCUCUCGUUCGCAUAACAUGAAAAAAUAGGUACAUGCUUGGCUCUCACAUUCUUAAGGUCACAGCAACACAUUGAUACACAUACAGUCUGAAGUGGCUAGUUUUGCCACAGCCUCCAUGAUCCUGAUGCUCGCCUCCAAGACUUUUCCAGGGCUGCACCUCUUCUGUGGAACUCCCUUCCCUUCUCCGUAAGACUUUCACCCAGUCUCCACUCAUUCCAAAAAUCAUUGUAAACUCACUUCUUCAAGAAAGCAUAUCAACUAAACUGUUAGCAGAUUUUAAUCCCUCACCUCUCAUGACUCUUUUCCUGCAACUGUCAAAAAUUACCUACUAAGCCCUCCGUGAAUACUUUUUCUAACCACCUACUUCGUACCCCUACUUUUACCCUUUGUGUCACUGUACCCCACUCCCUCUAGAACGUAAGCUCAUUGAGCAGGUCCCUCCACCCCCUCUGUUCCUGUGCGUCCAGUUUUCUGGUUACAAUUACAUAGUUACAUAGUUACAUAGCUGAAAAGAGACUUGCGUCCAUCAAGUUCAGCCUUCCUCACAAAAAUGUUGUUGCUGUUGAUCCGAAAGAAGGCAAAAAACCUGGUCUGAAGCGCUUCCAAUUUUGCCACAAACUAGGAAAAAAUUCCUUCUUGACCCCAAAAUAGCAGUCAGAGGUCUCCUUGGAUCAAGUUGCUAUUACCCCACUAAUUAGAAAUUAUAUCCCUGUAUGUUAUGUUUUUGUAAGUAUUUAUCCAAUUUCAGUUUAAACAUCUGUAUGGACUCUGACAAAACCACCUCUUCAGGCAGAGAAUUCCAUAUCCUUAUUGUUCUUACUGUAAAAAAACCUUUUCUUUGCCUUAGAUGAAAUCUCCUUUAUUCCAGCCUAAAUGUGUUAACUCGUGUCUUAUGUAUAGCCUGUUUAUGAAUAGAUUUCCAGAUAAAGGUUUGUACUGGCCCCGAAUAUAUUUGUAUAAAGUUAUCAUAUCCCCUCUCAGGCGCCGUUUUUCCAAACUAAACAGAUUUAAUUUUUUUAACCUUUCCUCAUAACUAAAAUGCUCCAUUCCUUUUAUCAAUUUUGUAGCUCGUCUCUGGACCCUCUCCAGUGCCAUGAUAUCCUUCUUUAGAACAGGCGCCCAUGUCAUGUCUGUUAGUCCACCCAUUGUACAGUGCUACGGAGUCUGAUGGCGUUAUAUAAAUAAUAAUAUAAUAAUUCUCACUUUAGUGAAUAACCCUGUCACUCAGAUAAUAGAGCAGUGACAUGGCAUGAGCAUGAUUUAGAAUCCAAAGCCAUUUCAUUACUUUUUUGUGUGUAUUAUGCAUGAUUCCUCCUUUUUGAGAGUUCUGUUAAUUCAGGAAUACAAAUCCAAUUAUACAAGUACUCUUUUUUGACAUAGGAAUCAUAAAACAUAGGUUUGUGUUCUAUUCGUUGCCUGUACCUUUUUAAGAAGGAAGCUGUGUCUUCAAGACUAACUAUUGCCAAAUAUAUAUGUAUGUGUGUGUGUGUGUGUGUGUGUAAACAAAGAGUUAAAUAAAUAAUUGCUUUUAUUAUUAUGUUUUACAGGUAAACAGAUUAGGACAAAAUUAUCCCAAGCCUUUAACCACUGGCUAAAUGUACCAGAAGACAAAACCCAGGUACAGUUAAUUGUGUUAAUAUAGUAAUGCAUUUAUUCCUAAAGCAAAAGAAAACAUUUUUCUGCCAAAAAUCCAUGUAUAAGUCAUAAGAGGCACAUUCUUUACUGUUGUAAAUACAGGGAGUGCAGAAUUAUUAGGCAAAUUAGUAUUUUGACCACAUCAUCCUCUUUAUGCAUGUUGUCUUACUCCAAGCUGUAUAGGCUCGAAAGCCUACUACCAAUUAAGCAUAUUAGGUGAUGUGCAUCUCUGUAAUGAGAAGGGGUGUGGUCUAAUGACAUCAACACCCUAUAUCAGGUGUGCAUAAUUAUUAGGCAACUUCCUUUCCUUUGGCAAAAUGGGUCAAAAGAAGUACUUGACAGGCUCAGAAAAGUCAAAAAUAGUGAGAUAUCUUGCAGAGGGAUGCAGCACUCUUAAAAUUGCAAAGCUUCUGAAGCGUGAUGAUCGAACAAUCAAGCGUUUCAUUCAAAAUAGUCAACAGGGUCGCAAGAAGCGUGUGGAAAAACCAAGGCGCAAAAUAACUGCCCAUGAACUGAGAAAAGUCAAGCGUGCAGCUGCCACGAUGCCACUUGCCACCAGUUUGGCCAUAUUUCAGAGCUGCAACAUCACUGGAGUGCCCAAAAGCACAAGGUGUGCAAUACUCAGAGACAUGGCCAAGGUAAGAAAGGCUGAAAGACGACCACCACUGAACAAGACACACAAGCUGAAACGCCAAGACUGGGCCAAGAAAUAUCUCAAGACUGAUUUUUCUAAGGUUUUAUGGACUGAUGAAAUGAGAGUGAGUCUUGAUGGGCCAGAUGGAUGGGCCCGUGGCUGGAUUGGUAAAGGGCAGAGAGCUCCAUUCUGACUCAGAUGCCAGCAAGGUGGAGGUGGAGUACUGGUUUGGGCUGGUAUCAUCAAAGAUGAGCUUGUGGGGCCUUUUCGGGUUGAGGAUGGAGUCAAGCUCAACUCCCAGUCCUACUGCCAGUUCCUGGAAGACACCUUCUUCAAGCAGUGGUACAGGAAGAAGUCUGCAUCCUUCAAGAAAAACAUGAUUUUCAUGCAGGACAAUGCUCCAUCACACGCGUCCAAGUACUCCACAGCGUGGCUGGCAAGAAAGGGUAUAAAAGAAGAAAAUCUAAUGACAUGGCCUCCUUGUUCACCUGAUCUGAACCCCAUUGAGAACCUGUGGUCCAUCAUCAAAUGUGAGAUUUACAAGGAGGGAAAACAGUACACCUCUCUGAACAGUGUCUGGGAGGCUGUGGUUGCUGCUGCACGCAAUGUUGAUGGUGAACAGAUCAAAACACUGACAGAAUCCAUGGAUGGCAGGCUUUUGAGUGUCCUUGCAAAGAAAGGUGGCUAUAUUGGUCACUGAUUUGUUUUUGUUUUGUUUUUGAAUGUCAGAAAUGUAUAUUUGUGAAUGUUGAGAUGUUAUAUUGGUUUCACUGGUAAUAAUAAAUAAUUGAAAUGGGUAUAUAUUUGUUUUUUGUUAAGUUGCCUAAUAAUUAUGCACAGUAAUAGUCACCUGCACACACAGAUAUCCCCCUAACAUAGCUAUAACUAAAAACAAACUAAAAACUACUUCCAAAAAUAUUCAGCUUUGAUAUUAAUGAGUUUUUUGGGUUCAUUGAGAACAUGGUUGUUGUUCAAUAAUAAAAUUAAUCCUCAAAAAUACAACUUGCCUAAUAAUUCUGCACUCCCUGUAUGUAUAUAUGUGUAUAUAUAUAUAUAUAUAUUUAUAUUUAUAUCUUCAUGGGUCCUCAAUGCAUAAAUUAUCCCAUUACAUUUAAUCAUGAAUGCUGCUACCAAGCUAAUCCUCCUUACCCAUUGUUCCUCAAGUAUUUUAACAAUCUUUACAGUGGCUUCCUGUGUAAUUUAGGGCUAAGGUUUAGGGUCAAGAUGAACAAAGUCAAACUUUUUCACAAUGUCAGUGGCAUAAUGGCUCCUGGGCAAAAAUAAUAGCAUUAAGAGGAGCUAUAAUAACUUUCUAGGGCAAGAUUAACAAAGAGGGAAUUUUAGUAGGGGAACUAUUUCAUUCCACAAUCAUGUCACUUUUAUGCCCUACUUUUACAUGUCAAAAUAAGUUUGUGGGAGCUGCAUUGCUAGUGUGGUUAUCCGAUGCAGAUGGAAUAUUGUGUCUGAUAGGUGCUGGGUCAAGGUGAGAGAAUGCCUUUAAGAUAGUAGGGCUAACUUGGUGUUGGCUUCCCCAGUAUCCACCAGAUGCACAGAGCUGUCAGGAAAUUCUUUCUGAUUCGUUUGGAUUUAUUGGAAUGCUUUAUAAUGGAGUAGCAAAUGUGGGGCCAGGAGGCUACCUGUGUAUUUCAACGAUGAGGAGUGGAUUAGGAGAGCACUUAUUGUAUUUUUUAUUCCAAAUUAACCUGUAGAUGGCUUUCCAAAGGUGAUCAAGUUGUGUAAAGAAAUAGAAAGAGACUGCAGAGUAUGUUUGUUUGACAAAGGAUUGACAGGAGAACACUUCACAUGCUGUUAACUGCUAUAUGUCACAGUACCUACAGAUGACACUUGGUUAUAGGAUAUAGGCAGAAAGAGGAGAUAAUUGUUAUGCAUAAUUUUCCUUUGGAGAACUGUUUUAAUAUACUCCGUCCUACACCUUUGGCUGUUCGUCCACUAUACUAUUAACCCUAACAAUCGGAAAGGGAGGGAAUAGGAGAGCGCUAAUUUUAAGUUCUCUCUAGAUUAAUUAGAAUAGUUAUGUAAGAAAUUGCUUGGGAGCUGCUUACUAAAGGUUUCAGUUGUGUUUAAUUUACUUCUAAUUGUCCCUGUUUGUCCCAAAUGGCUUUCAUCAAUUUGGCCUUUGCAAAUGUAUAGCUUUGUGAAUAAACCUGAUAGCAUGCAUGUGCAUAUUGUGAAAUUCUCAUUGUUAGGUUUUUGUUUUUGUUUUGUUUGUUUUUUUCCCCUUUAGAGUGAUUUGAAUUGGUCAUGGUGCUGAGAGUAGAUAUGCACAUACUGAGAUAUUUUUAAGUGUUUGCUGGGGGCUAGUUGCACUCCCAGCACACAUUACUUAGGCAUCACAGAACUCCGGGCUGCCUAAUAUAAACUCUGACGUUUAAAUUAUGUCUGUCAGUGCGCUGAUAGCAGACGGAGCGCCUGCAAGGGUAAGAUAUAUCUACUCUCCCUUCCUGCAGUCUCUCCCUUCUGCCUCCCUCCAUCGCUUAUUUAUUUUUGUGUAUGAUGUUUUUAUUUAAAAAAACAAACAACCCUACCUCCACUCACUGGGCUGGAGAGCACACAUGUGCUUUGAGCUGGCAAACCAAUCAUAGGCUUCUUUAUGAGAAGCUUGUGAUUGGACCAAGCACGGCCCCAGUGACAGUUGGGGGCAAGGAAAAUCCGGGUGCUUUGCCUGACACUGAAUUUCAAGUAAGUUAAACCUUAUCACAGGUUUUACUGUGCAUUGAGAGUGGGACCUUCUCCACAAUACCCAAUAUGGCAUAUUACACCCUUCUUUUAACCGGGAUACAAAGAAACAAAAGGAACUUUCGUUUUAAAAAAAAAAAAUUUUUUAGUACAAAGUAAUUUAUUUAAUCUAAAAAAAAAAUGAUCUAUGAAUGUGUUCCUCCCUCCGAGAAGCAUUUUACCUGUGCAGGCUUUUUCAAACGGUAAGUAUUCCUUCCUAGGUUCUCUUAUUUACGGGGAGAUGUGACCAUUACUUUUGGAUUGGUUCUCCAAUCGGCAAGUGCAGUUCUUGUAUGUUGAGAUGUGGUCCUUUCUCUCCUAUCUAAAUCUGUGACGUAUCGCAUCCCAUCCCGAUACAUCAUUUCUGGUUCUGGAAGCAAACUAACAGGACCAUAAUGCUCUUGCAAAUUUUUUGCAGUUGUCAUUUCUGGAUUGGAAUACCGGAAAGACUGCUGGGUCUAUAAUGCCCCAGCGACCAAAAUGCCGAUAUGGCAUUUCUGGAUCGGUUUUCAAAGGGACUAUUAAGUCCAUUACCAUUCACAUUAUAUGAUUCACUCGACAAAAAAAUAAGGAGCAGAAGAAGAUACAAAAAGGCUUUAAUAAUAAAAUAAAAUACUUUGCAAUAAAAUAACAUAUAUCUUCUUUUGUUAAAAACAUAUUUAGACAAUUUCACAAUACUUAUUAAAAUGGUCACUUUUUAAAUAUUUUCCUAAAUAUAUAAUCAUAAAAUUUUAACUCUGGUUUUGAUGUAGUUUUAAUUACUUUUUGUAUCUUUGAAACACAAAUGCAGAAGUUAUAGAAUUCUCAUUUUUAUUUCAGGUAAUAAUUGAAGUGACAGAGAUGCUGCACAAUGCCAGUUUACUUAUAGAUGACAUUGAAGACAACUCCAAGCUUAGACGAGGUUUUCCAGUGGCUCACAGUAUAUAUGGGAUUCCUUCAGUAAUAAAUUCAGCUAAUUAUGUAUAUUUUCUUGGUUUGGAGAAAGUUCUAACUCUUAAUCAUCCAGAUGCUGUUUGUGUUUUUACCCAGCAAUUGCUUGAACUCCACCGUGGUCAGGGACUGGAUAUUUACUGGAGAGAUACUUAUACUUGUCCUACAGAAGAACAGUAUAAAUCUAUGGUGCUACAAAAAACAGGGGGACUGUUUGGGUUAGCAGUAGGCCUUAUGCAGUUGUUCUCCUCAUAUAAAAAAGACUUAAAACCACUGCUGAAUACACUUGGGUUGUUUUUCCAAAUCAGGGAUGACUAUGCCAAUCUAAACUCCACAGAGUAUUGUGAGAAUAAAAGCUUUUGUGAAGACCUUACAGAAGGAAAAUUUUCAUACCCUACCAUACAUGCAAUUUGGUCAAGACCUGAAAGCACUGAGGUUCAAAAUAUUUUGAGGCAGAGAACAGAGAAUGUGGAUGUUAAGAAAUAUUGUGUUCAUUAUCUAGAAAAGGUGGGCUCUUUUGAAUACACAAAGAAAACAUUAAAAGAACUGGAAACCGAGGCAUAUGGACACAUUGAGUCUCUUGGUGGAAACCCUGAAUUAGCUUCACUAAUCAAACACUUGAGCGCAAUGUAUAAAGACUAAUCACACACUCCUAAACACGUAUAAUACGUGGUUUCUAGUUGAAUGUUUUUGCAAUUAAUUUCUAACAUCUAAAUAUUAUGUGCAACCAUUACUUGCAAACCAGUCUCAGCAGGAUUCUAAAUUUGAAUGGUAAUUUAUCUUUGUCAUUAUCCACUAUUCAUCACUGAAAAAAAAAUUAAUUAUUUUUCCUUUAAUUCUUCCAAAAAUAAUUUAAAUAAAGGGAAACUGUAAGCAGUAAAACCAUUUAAUCUCUUUAAAUUGGUUAAAGUGACUGGAAUCCUCUGCUGCUGUUCUUCCAUUCAGUGUCAAACCAUUUUCGAGCAGUUUAACAAUAUAUAAGGUCUCCUGGCCACUUCUGGCGAUAUGGCUAAGUUAGAGAUUACACACUUACUUCUAGGCAUACCAAAAAUUGGACACUAUAACCACUUCAUUUAAAUUAAGUAGGUAGAGUCCCUUCAAACUCUGUUGCAAAAUUGGCAGUAGAGUAACUGUGUACUUAGGUUCACUUUUUUGUUUAAAGUAAUGAUCUUGUAAACUUUGCAUUAAUUAUGGAAUAUAAAAAUGGGGACUAUGCAGUCACAAUAAUAACGAUAAUGCCGAAUCUUGGAAAGGCUCAUAAAUUAAGUCCAUGCCUUCCUUUAACAUCAACAUUUUAAGUGUUCUAAUCCAUUUGAAAAAAAUCUGAUGAUGAAACACGUUAACUUUUUUAUUUGAUGUAAUAAAGGGUUUUACAACAUUUUUUAUUGUACCAUACCUUUACUCAUAUAUUCUCCCUGGCUUCCUAACAUAAUUAUUGUAUUUUAUUUUAUCCAGUUUUAUUUUCUAUUUUUUACUUCUGAUCCAUCUGCUCCUACUCCCUGUAUAGUCACAGGUGGGGAUUAUACCACCAACGCUGACUCCACAGAGCAGUGAGCCUGCCCUAUGUCUUAGUAGAACCUUUAUAUUCAUAUAAUUACUGUGUCUUACUGAGAGCACUAUCUGUGGCCUCUCUCAAUUUUUUUGUCUUUGAGCAUCCAGACAACCACCAGCCAAGACCCACCACCACCAUAUCAUAAAUAGUGGGGUUUAUACCACUAUAGGCGAUUCAUACUAGAGCUGGCGAUAGCUGUCUCAAAUGUGAGUGCAAUACUAUUAUUUAAUAACAGGCCUAUUUAGCCCUGGCUUACUGCACAAUUAGGUCUUUUUUGUGUUUCUUCUCACCCACAUACGGAGACCCAAGACUACAAGACCCCCUAAAGUACUAAGAACCACAGUUGAACCUACCUCCUGAAUAAGAGACUAUCUUAUAUGUGUAAAUUUGCACAUCUGGUAUAAG